AUGGGACAGCAAAUGUUUCCACCAGAAUCUGGAGAUUCCUCAGAUGGAGAGGAGGAAGGGCUGGCUGCAUCUCCUCGUCACAGGCAUCAGAACAUUGCCUCUGCUCCAAUACUGCCAUUUACCCAUGCUGAUGUUGCCUCCUCAGCCGAGGUUUCUCAGAAUUCUCAGAUUGCAAUCCAAAACCUGUCUACAGCUGUCACUCACUCCAUGACAGAAGCCACCUGUCACCUUGAAGAUAAAAACUGGAGGGGAAUUGCGUUGGGCAACAGACUUUUGCUGGGUCAUCCUGCUUGUAGAAGACACAAGAUUUCGAUCGAUGCGGUUGUUAAUGGGAUAACAGUCGGGAUACCUGGUGUUAUUCUGCCUUAUGAGGACGUGAAUAGAACAGAGGACAUGGUGGUUAUUGAAAGAGAUGUGCUCGGUGAUAUUAAUGGCGGUGAUACAAGUGUUAUGGAGAAAGCUUUCUGCGAAGAAGGGUUCGAGGAAGUAGGAGAAAAAUGUUUGAAGUUCGAGACGGAAUUUCGACUGACUUUCGCAGAAACUCACGAGUUUUGCCGCGAACAGCAUGGGGCAUAUUUGGCUCUCAUUGACUCAGCUCGACACUUCAAGGCUAUCAUCGACCACAUCAUCUCCAAUGAAAUGAAAGAAUCCUUCUGGAUUGACGGAACCGACAGAGGGCACGAGGGCCAAUGGACCUCGAAAGAAGGUCAAGAUUUCCCGAUGGGAACUCCUUUCUGGGCAGGCUUCCUAGAUUAUCAAGAGCCCAACGGAGGAACAAAAGAGAACUGUGCACAUAUCAACAACGGUCAAAGUUUUUAUAUUAGUGACUUAGACUGCAAUUCAGCCUUUUGGUUCAUAUGUGAACAAGCAAAUAACUACGACAAAUAUCACAAAAAUGAGUCAGCUUCUGAGCUUCUGUGUCCAUUACACUACAAUGCUCUUGGUGGCAAAUGUAUAGCAUUCCUGAAUGAAUAUGCAGUUCCAUGGAGUGAAGCAAAUCUGCGGUGUGGGGAUCUGGAGCAACCAGGAGAACUGGCUAUCGUGGAUGAUAUUGAAUUAUUAAGAGCGAUAUCUGUUCAUCUUAAUGAAGAGUGGCUGGAAGAUCAUGAUUACUGGCUUGGAGGCUACGACGAGGGUCACGAAGGUCUUUGGACGUGGACCGAUGGAUCGGGGGUUCCUAUGGGAACACCGUUUUGGGGCCUCGGCAGUGAAGGUCAGGAACCUGACGGAGAAAGUACAGAGAACUACCUAGCCAUAGUAGGUCAUGGACACUUUUACUUUCGAGACAUGGCUGGAUCAGCUAAUCUUCAUCCUCUGUGUCAACUGAUUGAAUAACUUUCGUUUUUUUUAUUGGGGGCGGGGGUUGGAAAGUGAUGCUUUGGGACUUUUUUUUAAUGCAUCACGGUCCUGCUGUGCUGUCUGUUGCCACAUUAGAGUUUUAAUAUACUGGAAGGUGGGUAGUACCGUGACCCAGCCUACUAAAUAAAAAUCAUUCAAUGAA